AUAACAAUUUCUUUCUAUUUAUUCAUGUGCUUUCCCUCCUCUCUUUCUCUCUACUGAUUUAUGCUUUCGCUACUCUUUUAACUCUUCUCCCUGGCCUCCUCCUUUUCUGUACUCUUUCUGGUCUCAUAAGCAUGGGAAACUGCUUUGCAAGCAGCAAGAUUGUAUCAGAAAAUGCCAUGUUUGACCAACAAAGUAACGAAGCAGAUCAAAUGAUCGAAAAGACUACAAGACCGUUCGUGCCGUUGGCCAAGAUAGAGCGAGGUGGCAAGGCGAAGAUGGUGAGGUUCAGAUUAAAUGAAGAGGUUAAUGUUGAUAAAGAUGGCGAUCUGGGUGAUGAAACGGCAUCUAAAGGUGGUGGCGCUGUGAGGAUUAGAGUGGUGGUUACAAAAGAAGAGUUAAAGCAAAUCUUGAAUUUUAGGGAGAACAUAAACUACUCUUCUGUGGAGCAAUUGGUCAGUGCCCUGAGGUUGAGAGAGAGGAGCAGGCCUGAUGAAGGUGGCACCAGUACUGAUGGACGUAUCAUGUGUGGUGGUUGGAAGCCGCUUUUGGGUAGCAUCCCAGAGGACCGUUAACGAAUAUAAAUACAUAUAACCUGUCAUUAAGUCUCUUUCUCCUUGCAAGAACAUCAUGAUUUUGGUAGGGUGAGGCUAUAUUGAUGAUCACCAUGAAUCUUGUACUUUCUGGUUUUGAGAAUCUGGUGCAAAUGAUGAUAAGUUUUGACGCGAUGGUCAUGCUCUGCAAGAGAUUGUUCAUAUAAAUAUAAUUAGAUAUUUCAAUUUUCAAGUUUAAAGCGUCAAUUACCAUUACAGUAUCAAUCAUCAGCUGCAGAGAACUAUACCUGUAACCACACCUAUGGUGGUCUUGGAAUGCCUCGGUGUUCCAAACUUUUCAGUGUUCUGAAAACUCCAAUCCAUUCCUAGUUUGCAUCUUAUUCGGUUCCUGUAUAUCGCUUGCCAUACAGACAACCACUUGCUUUUCUA